AUGAAUACUUCAUAUCGAAAUUUAUUUGCUCUAUUCGUAUUGAUGGUUUAUCUUGAAUCAGCAAUGUCUUAUCCUUCAUCAUAUAUAAAUGAACAACGCAGUUUUCUUCGUUGUCAAAUAUCUCCAGUAUCAUGCAAACGUAGUUUAUCUACGUUAGAAGAAAAUGGAAAUCCAUCAAUUAUAAAUCAUAGAAAUGAUUUUCAAGAAUGUAUUAGUCAAAAUAAACCUAUAUGGUACUGUCUCAAACAUGCACCAACAUUCCCACUUGACGACAUGAACCAAAAUAAUUAA